CAGCAACCGCUGUUGCCCACUGCAAGAGGGGAAAUGGCCUCAUUAAAGUGAAUGGAAGACCUCUGGAAAUGAUUGAGCCCAGAACUCUGCAGUAUAAACUGCUUGAACCUGUUCUCCUGCUGGGGAAGGAACGGUUUGCUGGUGUUGACAUCAGAGUCCGUGUGAAAGGUGGUGGUCACGUAGCACAAAUCUACGCUAUCCGUCAAGCUAUUUCCAAAGCAUUGGUGGCUUACUAUCAAAAAUAUGUUGAUGAAGCUUCCAAGAAAGAGAUCAAGGAUAUUCUAAUCCAGUAUGACAGGACUCUGCUGGUUGCAGAUCCUCGCCGUUGUGAAUCCAAGAAAUUUGGAGGACCUGGUGCUCGUGCACGCUACCAGAAGUCUUACCGUUAAAAUUGUUCUACAGUCAUGUGACAGUCAAUAAACAUGAUUUGAUAAUUU